CGGCAUUCAGUCUUCCUGCACGUCCCUGAAGCCCCGAAGAUUCAAAAGUCCCAUAUGACUGUUACGAUUUGUCUCAAAUCUGACUCAGAAAUCUCAUGUCAAGGAAAACACCUCGAAUCGGCAACUCUGAUCAGCGCUCCAUUCCCGGUUGGUUUCACACAUGACUAUCCGGCCCUUUCAUUUGUAAUGUUUAAGCAUCCGCUCGACCCUCAUACGUUGAGUCUCAGUCCUCCGCUUUGCAGCUGCUUCAAAUGAUGUGCAGCUCGGAAGCAGUCUCUUUUGCUAGCAAAAUCCCGCACAACAGUAUCUGCCAGUGCCCAAGCGAAGCAUCCUUCCCCUCGACCACUUCCCUCGUGCUAAAAUAAUCUACCCUUACCACCGGGUGGUGCUGCUGCGGAGCUGACUCGCGGAUAAUCUACACACUCAUGAUCCUCAGCCAUCCGUGAAACAGUCAGCCCGAUGCGGCGGUGUCUUGCUCAUCCGCACCCAAAGUGAAUAAAAGGCUCGCAUUUGUGGCCUCACCCUCAGCUCGACCAGCUUCUCCCGGCCUUCUACGACUUGUCACGACCUUCACGACUCGCACGACCCAACCAUCAUCCAAUCAUGUUUCAAAAUAUCCUUGCUCUGCUCCUCGUGCUGGACGCAUCUGCACUUACCAAUGCCAGUCCCUACUUCCUGGGACUGGGUGGAUCCGGGGCCGUGACGGUCACGACGACUGCCACCGUCACCGUCUUCCAGUGUGGUCCCAGCGCCUCAUCGGUUGUCGCGGGACCGAGCUCGUCAGCCCCUGCCGCGGCUGCCAGCCCUGCCCCAUUGGCUGCGUCGGUCUCUUCCUUGACCUCGGGCGGGUCUCCGGCGCUGACGGCUGCGAUCACAAACGCCCUCAACAGCGUCGUGAGCACUCUAAACAGCCUCACGCCGGUCCUGAACAACAUCGAAACUCUGACUACCUCUCUGCUUGCCAGCGUCGGAAGCUUGGGGAACACCGUCGGAUCCCUCAAUGGACUUUCCAGCCAGUCCCAGGGUAAUCUGAAUGGUAUCGUCAGCCAGCUGUCGACUCUCGGAACCGGUCUCGGUAAUACCAACAGUCUACUGAAUGGUAUCCCUGGCAGUGCAGUCAACAUCCCUGGUAGCACUCAAGCCAACCAGAUUUUCCCCCUGGUCCGAGGCUUGCUCACUCGACUCAAGACGCUUGUUCCCCAGGUCACAUCGCUUGCCACCAAUUUGCCCACUGGAACCAACUUGGGAAGCCUUCAUUCUGCGGUAUCUGGCGUCCAGUCUAAUCUCCAAACGUUGGUCCCUGAACUCGAUACUUCGGUGCUGACCAGCACGCAGAGCCAGGUCCUCGGCUCAUUGUACACCGACGUUCAGAAAUUGAUGGCCACCUGCUUGCUCCAGCUGGGGCUCGUUUGCACCACUUUCCUUCUAUUCUCGCGAGGUUUGUCAUCUCCUGGAGAGCAGAGCUUCUCGCAGGAGGAGUCAACGUUGGUCUUCCGUCGUGAAGACCUACAGAAGCUGUGGAAGUGGGAGAUUGCGAGUGGGCACUAUCCGAGUGGCGAAAGCAUACCAAAGCAAGUCGGGCUGCUCGAAUCCCCACCCAAUCCUGCACUACCCCCAAAAUCACGUACCGUGAGCCCUUCACGGUAUCGCCCGCCUACGACCGGCUCCUUGAGUGCUGACACCGACACCAUCGGCCAUGGUCCAAAACGAACUUACCUCAGUCCGCAAAGUGUUCCUCCGCAUGUCGCCUAUCCUCCACGGCCUGUACCAGGCAGUGUUGCUGACCUGGAUGUCAUUAUGAAGCACUGCGACUUCUCUCAGGGCAAGUAUGUGCGUGACUGCUUAGAAGUUCUACGAGUCGGAGCUGGUCUUGACAACGGGCAACGCACGCGCCGAGGCUCUUUCGAGGACUGGAAGUAUAUCUAUAUGGAAGAAAACACCACAAGCACGACCCGGCACGUGGUGAAUCAGGAUCCUUUGCAAGUUCCAAUCUACAGGCCUGUCGUCGGACGGUCAGACGACCCAGACGCCGGUCUUGUACUCAAGUCUGGCGCGAAAUGGGAGCCUCCUCUCAAGUUAUCGCCGACUCUGACUCAUCGACCUUCUGCCUCUCUACCGGAGCCAUGCGACACCGACAACCCCCGGCUGUAUCACAUGUUUUGGACGGGCCCAUUCACCGACAAACCGUAUCUCGCACUACUUUCCUUCUUAUUCACCCAAAACACCGGUCUGCACGCGCCGAAUCCGCCGUCAAGCGUGUGCCGACCGCAGUUCUGGCUUUGGAUCAAUCCCGGUCCCGCAGCUUCCAUUCCAAAUCCGAAUGCCCUUCACGACAUGUUCGCGCAGCUGAAAUCCAGUCCGUGGGCCGCGCCGUUCUUGCAUCCCCGUUUCAAAGAUGUGAUCCGGUUCAAGCUGUGGAACACCACGGAGCAGCUGGACGGGGUACCGGAGAUCGCAGAUGACUGGCGCGCGCUUCGGGAUACUCUCUUCAACUCGGGCGGACACAUCAUCAGCGUCCCGGAGCCUGAGAAGGCAGAAGAGACAGAAGUUGAUGAGGACGGAGAGGGUGUUGCCAACACUACCGUCAAAGCGAAGGCGACUGACAUGCUCCACCGGACCGGAUCAAAGUCGUCGUCUGAGUAUGACAGACUUUCUGUGAUUCUGAGUGACAUGGCACGUUUCGUGCUUUGCCACCGGUUCGGAGGAGUUUAUCUAGACGCCGACACUAUCCUCCUGCGAGAUUGGGAGGAACUGUGGGGCUGGAAAGGAGCCUUUGCUUAUCGCUGGUCUCGACUGGAGAAGUACAACACAGCUGUGCUGAGAAUGAACCGAGGAUCAGCGCUUGGAACCUUUCUAUUCCGGACGGCGCUUAAGAAUGGGCUCGACUUCCAUCCGAUGUCUGUAUCCCGAUACACGAAGGACGCAUAUCUGGAAGGGCUACUGCUCCGACUGCCGGAUGCCCUGUUCGACGCGGCCUGGCUGAACACUGAGGAAUACCAACGGGAUCGGCCCCCACAGCCGUACUUCACUGAGUUCAGUGACUUUUUCGAUACACCAAUGGAAAACAGCGCCUCGCCCCAGGCGCUUGGAUUCAAUGGAUUCUUCAAAGGGUCCUACUCGUACCAUUUCCACAACUUCUGGUGGAAACCGUUCGAUCCGACUCGCAACUGGCCAGACCUGGGGCCACAAUUCUCUGCUGGUGAAACAGCACUGAGGAAAUCGGCUGCCGAGGCGGAGGGACGAGAGUUCCGAGUCGACGAUGCCGAGACUGUAGGGGACGACAAGCUGGACUUGGACUGGGCUGCGGUGCUCAAGAGAACAUUCGAAGCCUAUGUUCGGGGCGAGCGGCCGAAUAUGUACGGAGAAUGGCUUGUUUGGUAGAGAUGUGUGGAACAUUAAUAUACUUUAUCACUCUGUACGGAAUGUUAUAUUUGGAGGAUUGUCGAUGUAUGAUAUUCGCAACCAUCCCUAGUCCUGAGCAGCACUUGGGUCCAGUUCUUCCUUUCGUUGAUUCAAUAUACAUGAGCUCGAGCUACGGAUACAGGUCUAGUUUUCAAAUUUCAGGCCGGCCUCUUGUCUGACUGCGCCAUAUAUAGCAGCAAAGUCGGCGGAAGGUCCUGUAUGCUCUUUGACUUGGACCAGGUGGGCCAAUGCUGUCUCGAUGUUGGGGAGAGUCAUCCCGGCCUCUUUCGCCAUGCUUCUCAUGUGGUUGGCGUCCUUCAUCGCGAUAUCAACGGCAAACAAAGGCUCGGCGCGUGUGUGGUAGUCCCCACUGAGCAUGCGAUGGGAGUACGCGGUGUAAGGUCCCGGGAACAUCGCCUCGAUCCACUGCGUCAAGGGCGCAGUCCCGAGCCCGGUCUUCUCCGCCAACACAUGCCCCUCGGCGAGCUGUUCGACCAUGUUGAGUAUGAACGAGUUGCCGAUGAGCUUCAGCUGCGAGGACUUGUGAUACGGCUCGUCCGCCAUUUCGAUGUCCACGCGAGACGUCACGCCUUUGAAAUACGGCCGCGCGCGUGCGAUCGCCUUUGCGGGCCCAGCGAGCACGCCGAUCAACAUACCGGAGUCCGCCAUCGCGGGCGCACCGAACACCGGCGCCGCGACGAAGUCCCCGCCCUUCUCCACGAUCAGCUUGCCGAGACGGUCGCUUAAAUCUGGGUGCACAGUCGAGCAGUCCACGAUGAGUUUGCCGCUCACACCGCCGGCCUUGAAUAUCUCUUCGAUCGUCGCCUCCACGACCGUGUCGUUGGCGAGACACAUGAAGAUUGCGUCGGCUUUAGCCGCCCCUGCUGAGAUCGAUUCAACGAUUUCGGUCUUGCCGGAUGGCAGGGCCUGGCUGAGCGCUUCUGCGCGCUGUAUCGAUCGGUUAUAGAUCAUCAGAGGCCCGUCUAGGUUGGCUUUCUCCACGAUGUUCUUGCACAUACCCUGCACGCCAGCGCGUGGCUACCAUGCUGCGUGUGAGUCGUGGAUACUUGCAAGGAUGCAGUCACAUCAUUCGGAACAAGAGAUGAUGUCUCCUCUCUUGAAGCUCAUCAAAACGGCUUUGAGCGAACAGUCAUGACAGUACUUAGGCCGAAGGUCUGUGUCAGUCAAGGACUCAUCACCAGGUGCGAGGAAGGAUGGCGCUUGGCUCAAGAACCCAAAAACCAAGGCUAUAUAAUACACAAUAAAUCCCAUCUCUACGCAUCUACUCUCUUUGGAUGAGAG